UUAUAUGCAAGCAUUAAAAACACAAGUAAUAUGUGAAUUCUCUCUUUUCAUUGUCCAUUUUCUAUUUCCUAAGGGACACUGGAGGUAGAUGUGAGGGACAGCUGAAACUGGUGAGAGAAUCCCUCUACUGGGCUCCCCCCAUCCCAGCCCUCUCCAACACCAGUCUUCAAAGCCCCAUUCCCAACAGCCAACAUGUUCUCCUCAAACUUUUUGAGUGGGGGGAAUCCUCUCAGUGCAAUGUCCUCUGCCGUAAACAAGUUCAGUCGUUUUGGGGAUGAUGAGGAAAAGCAACAACAGCAACCUCCAGGACCCUCAAAGCAGAAGGAUCCUCAACAGCAGGGGAAUGGCCAACCAGCCUCACAGGGGCCUCAGAGGCAAAGUGGACAGCAGACACAGGGUGUGGGAAGGGGAGGCCAAGGAGCCGGACGGGAUGGAUCUCAACCACAAGGAGCUGGUCGGGGAAGUCCUGUACAGCAAGGAGCUGGGAGAAGAGAUCUUUCACAUCAGGGAGUGGGCAGGGGAGGAUUGCAACAAGGAGCAAGUGGGGGUGGAUCUCCUAAGCAGGGUGUUGGGAAGGGUGGACCUCAGCAACAAGGCCUAAGUGGACCAGGGUCUCAUCCAGGAGGUGCAGUUGGCUCAGGGCCUCUUUCAGCAGAGCCUCAGGAGAAAGGUGGAGCUGGUGCUCGGGUGAAAUCCCUCUGUCCAGUCUGUAAAAAUACAGAACUCAAUCUUAAGUUCAAGGAUUCGCCCAACUAUAACACCUGCACACAAUGUAAAUCAGUGGUCUGCAACAUGUGUGGCUUCAGUCCUCCAGAUGCAACCGUGAGUAAAAAUUCCUAACUCUAAUUAGUGUGACACAUAUUUUUAUCUAUACCGGUUGCUGAAUAGACCUC